AUGCAGCCGCCUCAGAAGUUUGGCAUUGAUACAACUGCUUUUUCUUUUUCCAAACCAGCUAUUAAUCGACAAAACUUUUCGUUACGCAAACCGCCCAAGUACCCCUCUGCCAACGUUACACCUCAAGAGAGCUCUCUUCCUUUGGAGACUCCGAAGAAACCUGAAGCACCAAGUCAAUGCCGACAAAAGGCACCAAUACCGUCUGCUUGUCUCCCAUCCAUUGCAGAUCCUGAGCCUCACCACCUUGAUGAUGAAAUCCCAGAUGAGGACUUGCUCAGUGUACGAGAUGUGGAGCUCUUGAUAGUUAAGGAGCCUGACCGAGAAGUGUUACCUCCCGUGGAAGUCGAGGACAUAAUCGUUCAAUCAAAGCCUUCCAAAUCGCAGGUUACUGCAACUGUGGAUUCCGUCCGUGAAACACCUAUAGCGCAAUCUUGCAAUGAAAAUACGAAGACCAAAAAAAAGAAAACCGCUCCGCUCUCAACGUCAUUCGUGCCAACAAAGAUUCCUCAGGAAGGGAUGACUACAGCGGACCGUGUCCGCUCUCCAUUUCACGAUGAAGUUCCACCGAUGAACGAGCUACCAACCUCGAAGGGCUCAACUCAGGUGCGAAAAAGAAAGUCGAACAGAAGACAAAGGUCAAUUUCUGUCAGCAAAGCUGACCCCCAAAACUUGAACGAAGUCACUUUAUUUGAGUUGCUCAUUGCGAAGAUCAAACAACGCGAGGAAAACGAAGCUGCCGAAAAUGCCAUGCAUCAUGAAGUGGAAACCCAGAACACUUUGUUGAGCAAGCAAAAUCAAGACCUGCGACAGCAGAUUCACCUCGCUCAGUUACGCCUACAGAAGACUGUUGAAGAAUCCAAAGCAAAUCGCUCUCUUCUAAGCGAAUGGAAAUCAAAGAUACGCAGUUUCAAACAAGUUGUCAACGAGUUAGGGCGGGGAUACGAUGAUCUUCGCAACGAAGCUAACGAACAACGUGAGAGGGCCUUGUCUCUCGAAAAGGAAGGGAGUGAUCUUACCACAGAUAUUUGUCAAACCAAGGUCCGUAUUUCGCAAGCUGAGGAGAUGAUUGACAGCCAGCAGAAGAGAAUAUUUGAGGAUGAUAAGGCUAUAGCCGUUUUGGAACAAGCCUUGUCCGGCUCCCGGAAGGGAGAGGAGAACGCAAAACUGCAAUUGUCUGAGCAGAAGAAGCGGGUUGUGAUGCUGGAAGCGUACAUUCAAAACUUCGCUAUGGCCCACACAAAACAGAUUGGUCUGAUGAAGGAGGGUCAGGAGAUUUUGAUUGAAAGAUUCACGAAAGGCUUGGAUGCUGUGACUCACGAUUCCUCCAGCGUCAAAGAUGCCGUCUUGCUGGCCAUCGCAGACGCCUUUGGAACUUGCCAGUCCACAAUUAUGUCCUUGACCAACAAGUUUUCAGAAGAGCAGAUAAAUGUCGAAGAGUUCACGCGCGAAGCUCACGAUGUGGUUUCUCGAAUUGGCUCUCUUUCGUCUCAAUUUUCUGAGAACAUUGAAGGAAGCAUCAGAGUGAACAAUGGGGUAGCCAAGACUCUUCGGGCCAAAAUUGAAGAGAUCCAAUGUCUCCUGGGCCCAAAGUCUUCAAUGAUGACGCGCCUUGAUCAGUGUGACAGCUCAUGCGCGGCCCUGAAGACAAAUCUUGACACCAUUGAGCCAAAAAUAAAUGCGCUUGGUAACUCGGCCAAGGCAUUAACUGCGACGGAAAGUUCUCUUGUUCAGGACCUUGAAAGCUUUAGCAAGAAGCUCGCAGAUGCCCAGCUUCAAACAAACAAUCCCGUUCUCGAAAAAGAGCUGGCGGGAAAGUUUGCGGAAAACACCCAUCUGCAGAUUCAACUUCAUGACUUAGGCUCUAAGGUUGAUACCCUCCAGCAAGCCCUGUCUGACAAAGGAAGAUUGAUUCAAGACUCUCAAAACUCAUUGGCUGAGAUCACUGCAAAACAGCAAAUGGCUGAGUCUCAGAACAGACAACUGGAAGCCGGAAAAGCGGCUUUGCGACUGGAAUUCGAGACAGCAGAAAAGAAUAUGCGACAAGAAUUCAGCAAAAGAAAUGCUGAGCUUAUCGACCAAUUGAGGAAUGAGCAUGAAGCAGAACUUCGUGUUUUUCAAAAGGAAAAAGACGACAUUGAGGAAGUGUCUCAGACACUCAUAGUUCAACUUGAAGGGAUUCAAAAUUCUUUGAUCGAAGCAAAGACGCUCGUAGAUGAGCAUGGCAAAGAGCGCAAAGCGUUGCUCGAGGAUACAGGACAGCAGAUACAAGAUCUCAAGAAAUCCGACGAGGAGUCCAAAGCUCAACUAGAAGCCCAGCGUGCAGAAAUAGAAAAGUUCCAGGAGCUGGACGCCAUCUCUCGGGUUGAGAACAGCGAAUUACGAGAUCACCUGGAACAAGCCCAACAGAAGAUCAAAGAUCUUGAACAGAAGUCAACAUUCAUCACAAAUGCAGAAGAAAUUAAGGCACCGCAGCCGACUCAUAUAGUGCCUUUUGCAGCUAUUGAAAACCAACUCCUAGGGCGGCCAGGAACUUCACAAUAUGGCGAAUCUUGCGACUUUGCGAUGCUCUUCAUGUCAGAUGACCAGUCAGCUCCAACGCCAAUAGACAAAUCAACGCUCCAAGAUCCUCCAUUGGACAACUCCAAAAAUGCUGGAAAAGAUGGUGGGCCCCAAAAGCCUGUCUCAAAAUCUGCAGAUCCUGUUGUCACUCCCGUGAAGUUAAACCAGUCUACGAACAAGAAGCGCAAAGGAGUCAACUUUGAGCCUGUCAAGGAUACAAGCAAAGCAACGGACUCCAUGGAUGUGCAGCCGGCUGCCAGUCAGCCACAGAAAGAACCAGAAGAACAUCCCAACAAAGUAUCCAAGCACAUUCACAAAUGGACUUACAGUCGUAUCCAAAGCUCUACUUCAGAGGUCAAACAGGAGCAGAUUAGCAUGCCUUCUCGUGGCGCCACAUCUGAUCGGCGAAGUAGCCCAAAGGCUCUUGUUUCCGCCAGCAGUGCGCCGGCUUUGACACAGCCCAGGACCAGGAAUACUAGGGGCCGCCGCAAGGGCCGAGGCCAACAAUAUGAUGCCCGCUUCCAGGAUGGUUGA